AGUGAUCGAAUGACAGGUGCUUGAGACUAAAUCAUGGCUGAUUUUAGUGAAAAUGGAAAAUCAAGUGAAAGUAAUGUUAUAAGCACUCAUGUUGAUGAGAAAUUUAAAGUUUCAGGAUGGGGAGUUCGUCACUCUCAAUGUUUGGUGCUGAUGGCAGCUCUCACAAUCGCCUACAGUUUAAGAGCUUGUAUGGGAGUGGCAUUAGUUGGUAUGAUAGAAAACCCUGUCUUAGACAUAAAAAAUAGCACUGAAACUAACAUCAGUGCGAUAGCAAAUGAGACUGAAGAUAGUUUUAAUGUGAAGGGAUCUGAUUACGAAGCUCAUGGAUUUUUUAAUGCUUUGAUGCUUAUUCCUCCAUAUCCUCAAUUCGACUGGAGUAAAAAGACCCAAGACUUCAUUAUCUCUUCUUUCUUCAUCGGCUACAUGCUGCUCCAAGUCCCGGCAGGCCAACUGGCUCAUCGUUUUGGAGCCAGGAGGCUGGUAGCUGGCGCCAUGUUCAUCAAUUGUGCCGCUUCGGUGUUGUUUCCUACAGUUUCUUUCUACGGUGGUUGGAUAGCAGCUGCUUCGUUCAGAUUGACUCAAGGUCUGGCGCAAGCGUGUAUCAUGCCCGCUUGCCAUACUUUCUUAGGAAAGUGGACGCCACUGGAAGAACGGGGAAGACUCAGUGGCGUGAUAUAUGGAGCUCAAGCGUUAGGCCCUGUCCUCGGCCUGCCAUUGACCGGGUUCAUAGCGGCAUCUCCCUUAGGCUGGCCUGGGAUCUUCCGUUUCUACGGAAUUCUAGCUGGAUUUUCUGGUGCCAUCAUUUGGUUUUUCUGCGCAGACAGUCCAGCGCAGAAUAAAAAAAUUUCUCUUGCGGAAAGAAAUUACAUUGAAGAGGCCUUGAAGCAAAAUGAUGCCUGCAAACGUCUAAAAGUUCCCUGGAGUCGUCUACUUCGCCACCGCGGGUUGUAUGCCAUCAUCAUUGCCCAUAUCGGGAACACAUGGGGUCAACUGACCCUAUACUCGGAGGUCCCUGCAUUUAUGGAUAAAGUCAUGGGCGUCAACAUUAAAGCGAACGGCUUGCUGACCGCUUUACCAUUCUUGGUCAUGUUCAUCAACAACUUCUUCUUCGGCUGGUUAUUCGAUAUGCUCAUCGUGAAGAAAUACCUCAGUGUUACGUGGUCGAGGAAACUUGCUAACUCUAUUGGUAAUUUUGGAUCAACAUUCGGACUAAUUGUGUUGGCAUUUUAUGGUCAGAAUAUCUACAUGGUGGAGACUAUCAUGAUAAUCAUUUGCGGCUUAAAUAUUGCUUCUCAUUAUGGUUUUCUGGUGAACCACAUAGACAUUUCGCCCAACUUCGCCGGGACUAUGAUGAGCCUGAGUAACUUCUGCUCCAACGGCGUCGGCGUGCUGGCCCCGAACGUGGCUGGACUGAUCCUUACUGAUGUUACAAGCAUAUACUUAUGGAGGAAGGUAUUCCUCGUCACCAGUGGUUUAUUCUUCAUAACAAACGUCAUGUACCUACUGCUCGGUACGUCAGAACUCGCUGAUUGGAACGAACCUGAUCUUCCGAAGGCUGACGAAGAAGCAGAUGCCAUGAUCAAGAAAAAUGGGAAUAAGUAAAUAAUUAAAAAAGGCAAAGAGCAACAUCGUUAUAUUAAAAUAAUUUAUUUGUAUAAUUUAAUUAGUAGACUAGUUUUAAGUAAUUUUUGACGUCAAUAAGUGAUGUACUUAUGUCACCCUAAGUUGAUAUAAAGUAUUUAACUAUA